UGGGAGCUGGAAGUCCACGGGACGGAGGCCAGGCUGGUGCGGAAGGUAGCGGGGGAGAAGAUAACAGUCACAUUCAACAUCAAUAACAGCAUUCCACCCUCGGCUGAUGAUGAAACACAAGAAGAGCAGAAACCUGAUGAGCAGGAGCCUGAUCUUACAUCAACUCCAAACUUCGUUGUGGAAGUAAUAAAAGAUGAUACAAAGCAGACCCUUGUUCUUGACUGCCAUUAUCCCGAAGACGAGGUUGGACAUGAGGGAGAGGAAGAAAGCGAUAUUUUCACAAUUCGGGAGGUCAGUUUUCAGCCCACUGGAGAAUCGGAUUGGAAAGACACCAACUACACCCUCAACACGGAUUCCCUUGACUGGGCUCUGUACGAUCAUUUAAUGGAUUUCCUGGCUGAUCGAGGAGUGGACAACACGUUUGCUGAUGAGUUAAUAGAGCUCAGCACCGCACUGGAGCACCAGGAGUACAUUAAAUUCCUUGAAGACCUUAAAAGCUUUGUCAAAUGUCAGUAGGUUAGGCUAGGAAACUUCUCUUCAAGUGUGGGUAUUCCACAGCACUGCUCAGCUAGCAAUACCCAAAUGUAUCUUCACAACAGAUUCGGAGAUUAAGUAACUUUGAAUUUGGAAGUGAACAUCAUGAGAGAAUGAGGAUUCUUGCUUGUAUUUGGGGAUUUGUAUUUAUGUUGCAGCCCAGAUCAAGUUCUCUAACAUUAUGGUCCGGAAUUGUCUCACCCUACUUGGUGGUUUUUGUACAAUUAAGAAUGAAUGUGAAGAAUAAAAUCUGUUCAACAUAUCGCUGAAAA